AUGCCAACAGGUCAUGAAUUUUCUCAAGAAGUGAAACAAUUAAUAUUCCAUGUUAUUGAUUUCGUUGAAAAUGAGAAGAAUGGUCCAGUAAUUCCUCUCUACAAUGUGAAAGCUCGUCUUGUUAAAAUGUUGAAUAUCUCCGAAAGAUCAGUCUACAGACUAACGCAUGAAUUACAUCAUUUAAGAUGUAAGGAAACAAAGAAAGUAUCACAAGAACAACAAGCAAUGGAAGAGAAAAAGAAAGAAGAACCAAUUGUGAAAAAUCUUCGUAGUCGUACUAUUGUAUAUCCAACAACCAAACCACUUCAAUAUUCAACGUCUAAUGCACCAGCUAAAAUUCUUCAUCGUCGACAUACUGCAUCUUCUGUCUAUCCAUCAAAAGAUCAUCUUGUUCCUCAAGCUUUGUUUCCCGAAAAAAAAAGUAAAAAAGCUUUAUUUGAAUAG